AUGAUGCUUUUUUAGUAAUGCCAUGAAUAUCAUUAAUAAAAUCAAAUUAUUGCUCAAGAGAUUGAAAGUUUAAAGGAUGAAAAUGAUGAUUUAAAUAAAGGUAUCCAAAUUUAUAUUUAAUUUAGAAUGUUAACAUCUUGAAGGUUAAUCAGAAUAAUAAAUUAGAUAUAUUAAUUGUUUAAAAUAGUUAAAUUAAAAAUCAGAGGAUGUGUAACACAAAUUACAGGAUUAUUAGGAAGAAUUGAAAUAGUUAUUACAUAAGGGUAAAUAAGAUCCAGGACCUAAAUUUGAUCCAAUUUAAUAUAUUAAAAGUGUUACUCAUGCAUAACAAAUAGUAGAUAUCCCUUAAGAAUUUUGUGAAGUCGAAUAAAGUAUUUAUUUAUAAUACUCAUUAAUAGAUUUAUCUUUUAUACAAGAAAUUACCUAAAUUCCUUAAAUUUAAUAGAUUAAAAAGCAAGAAAACCAAGGCCUUUAAUUUAAUUAUAAAUAUUUAGCAGCAAUCACAGUAACUAUAUUAUUAGGAGUUAUUAUUAAAAAAAAAUUACUAUGA